AUGGCAGACGGCAAUACGGAAGAUGACACGCUUAAUGAGGUAGUAUCUCUGGAAGAGGAGGUGAUGAUGCGUUACCGAAGGGACAGAAUUCAAUUACUGAAAAUGCUUAAUACGGCCUACGAACAACUGCUGCAAGAAAAAAUGACGAAUUACAAUUAUCGAAACUCUAAAAACAUCACUAGACCAAAUGUGCUUGAAGCUAUAAAGGAUCACAUAUUUACACAAGGUUAUCAAGCAGUAGUACUUGAACUACCCAUAUUUUUGGAUAUGAGUGAAUACGUAUGGAAUAUCCGAUUUUGCUACAAUGCAAUCAAUUUUUUCGGAGUGACUAAAGACACCAGCCACGGGUGGAUCUUAGUAGAUUUCCUGACAGGGUGUUGGAAAAUUACAUGAAUUGUAUU